AGGUUGGUAGAGAGACAGGCAUGUCAGGGAGAGAGAGAAUGACAAGCAGCAAAGGGCUCAGGCUGGACUCGAACCUGGGCCUCUGCAGUAAGGACUCAGCCUGAGCACAUGCUACCCUCUACCUGGGAUUCCUGUGGGAUUAACACACACUCAGACAUCUGCUGGUUCACAUCAUCUUAUUACGCAAAGCUCCUCCACCUCGAUUUCUGUCUCUCUCUCUCUCUCUCUACCUCUCUCUCCCUCUCUGAGUUUCUUCUUCUCUGUUGUUUCUCUUUGUCUGUCGGAGGAGUUUGGACAAACUUCAUCCUCAGCUUCCUCGUUUGGUUCAUUUUGAGUUUUUCCUACCAUGAAGGUAAACAUAGAAAUUAAGACUUAGAACUACAGUUACUUUGACUUGAUGUUCGUCCUUGCUUUAACUUUCUGUCUGCUUGUAUUUUCUUGAGGAGACGUAUAAAAAAUGGAAACAGAAGUUUUGAAAGGUAGACACACCAAAGAAUUAUGAAAGGUGAACUCAAGGACACAAAUUACGGAACACAUUUUAACGUUGAUGGAGAACUUCAGCGCUAAGACAGAAUCUUUACAGAGAGAACUGUUUUACUUUGCACUUAAGAACAAAUCCAGAGAUGGAAAGAAGAGCAGAGAAGAUUCAGUUGAAUGAAAGGAUAUAAAACAUGGAUGAAGAACGAAGUUACAAGUGUCACUAAGAGAUGAAUGAAGACAAACAAGCAGAGGAAAUGAAGGGGAAGUUGACAGGAGGAUAACAGGAGAGUAAAGUACAAAAAAUAAACGGAAGAAGACAAAAAGAGGGAGGAGAAACAAACAGACAUGGAGAAGGUGACUAAAGGAAAUGGACUUAAAAGAUCAGAAAGUGAUAACUGAAAAGGACGAAAGAGAAAAGGAAACAAACGAGAAACACGAAGGAAACCAACCAUCAUCGCCGAUGACCGAGGCAUGAGACCGGUGUCACGCUCACCUUCGUCUGGAUGAAACAAACUCCACGGCAACAAGUCGCAGAAGAGAAGGGCCUCACUGCUCUGAUAACCAUGGAAGACAACGACGACAACUGUGGCGUGCUGGAGAACGGCAAGUUGGAGGCAGCGUGGCAGACCAAUGACAUCACCUUCAGCACCAACAUAAGCCCCGCCCCCGGCCUGCGGAGGAAACAGCUGAUGUGGCAAAAUGCCGUCAGGAACAUCAUCGACCAACACAACGUGUACUCGCUGAGGCUCGCAGGAGGCCUGGAGAGAGGGAGGCACCGCAUCACUGUCACAGACGCCUACAUCGCCGACAUCAACAGGCAGAUUCGCAGCAAGGCGUCCAGUGGAACGUUGUGGCAGAAGCGGCGCUCGUCGGCUGCUCGUAUCCACCCGGCGACACCAAGGAUCACCGCAGCAACAGAGACGAAACACGACUCCCUCUGCGACGCAGAUUUCUUCGUGUCAGUGGGGUCGACAGUACGAGGGGUCUUCAUCCCCGCUCUGCAGCACACAUUCAAGUCAGCAGACUUGGAGCAGCUGUAUCAGCAGUUUUCUUCUGGUCAGAGACGAACGUCACUGGUCGUCACCAACGUCAUCGACAUCCUCACCAGACUCCUCAUCUCUCUGCUAACAUGGCCGCCGUCACAAGGUGGCGUCGCCUGUGAUUGGCUGGCCGGCGUGUCUGUCGUCCUGUGGGCGGGGAUCAGCGUGCUGGCUCUGACCAGGAGGGAGGUGAUGUUGUCGCCGCAGUCGCUGAGGUACCUGUCUGUGGUGAGCUGGUUGUCUCAGACCGUCCAGGUGUUGGUCGGUGUUUUCGGUUGGGCGGAGAGCGAUCACUCCUGGUACGUCUUCUUCACCCUGUUCUCCACCUACAACCUGCUGCCCCUCCCCCUCCUCUGGUCCAUCGUAGCCGGGGCAACCACCUCCACCCUGCACCUGCUGGUGGACGUCUGCUGUCACUAUGACGACCACACCUCCAUCAGAAAGGUGUUGGCGAAGGCCUUGUUGUACCUGGCUAUGAACACAGCUGGUCUGUUCAUCCACUACCUGUCAGACCGCACUCAGAGACAGUCCUUCCUGGAGACCAGGCGCUGCAUCGAGGGACGAGUCCGGCUGGAGAGAGAGAACCACAGACAGGAGCGUCUGGUGAUGUCCAUCCUGCCUCGCUUCCUGGUUCUGGAGAUGAUCGCUGACAUGGUCACCAUGGACGAAUACCUGCUGCCUCAGCAGUUCCACAAGAUCUACAUCCACCACUACAAAGACGUCAGCAUCCUGUUCGCAGACAUCAUCGGCUUCACUUCUCUCUCACUGAUUCUCUCGGCUCAGGAUCUCGUUAAAACUCUUAACGAACUCUUCGGUCGCUUCGACAGGCUGGCAGAGGAGCAUCAGUGUUUGCGUAUUAAGAUCCUGGGUGACUGUUACUACUGCGUGUCAGGAGUCCCAGAGCCUCAGAGAGGACACGCCCGCUGCUGUGUGGAGAUGGGCCUCAGCAUGAUCAACACCAUGCGGUACAUUCGUCGGGAGCUGCGGCAGGAGGUAGACAUGAGGAUCGGGGUCCACUCUGGUUCGGUUCUUUGUGGCGUCCUGGGUCUUCAGAAGUGGCAGUUUGACAUCUGGAGCUGGGACGUCGACAUCGCCAACAGUCUGGAGGCAGCAGGAGUGCCGGGGCAGAUUCACAUCUCUCGGGCCACUCUGGACUGCCUGGGCGGGCUCUACGAGACGGAGGCGGGACACGGCCGGGAGCGCAAUGAGAUGCUACGGAAACACAACAUCGACACGUACCUGAUCCGCCCAGCGCCGCGGGAGGAGGCGGAGCCGCCGAAAGUGAGACGGCCGAGUUACGAGGAGAUGGCGACGUGGAACGCAGAGUUGCCGUUCGGAGAUAUCCUGGGGAUGAAUUUUAUCCUCGCCACUUUCACCAAUGGCUCACUGACCCAGCUGCCCAAUCAGAUCGCAGCUCAGAAGUCUGGAUCACAAGAGGUCAACAAGAGGAUCCGUCAGGCCAUGGAGGUGCGGAGCAGCGAGCUAAUGAGGAAGGAGCACAUCACCACCUUCACCCAGGUGUUCAAGGACUCCCACAUGGAGGGAAAGUAUUCCCAAAUGAGAGACGAACUCUUCAAGUCCAACAUGGCUUGUUCUUUCAUCCUGCUGCUGCUGCUGAUGGCCGUCCAAGUGCUGAUCCCCGCCCCGCGGUUGUGUCCGAUGGUUGCUCAGUUUCUAAUCAGCGGGAGUAUUUACUCCCUGCUCCUGCUGCUCACUCUGGGGGAGGAGUUUAAGCGUUGCCCCGCCCCUCUUCAGUCGCUCUGUUGCUGGAUUCAUGAAACCAAGAGCGUCCGGACUCUGCUCACACUCACCGCCAUCACUGUCAACUUCGGAGUCGCCUCCUCGGACAUCCUGUGGUGUGAUUCAUCAGACACUCACAUUAACAGCAGUGACUCCCUGCUGUCUCCGCCGACUUCCCCCUGGCCUGACAUCAACAUCUGUACGCAUCCAGAGUACAUGGUGCUGAGCGGUGUAGUUGCCAUGGUUACCUGCGCAGUGUUCCUCAGGUUGAGUUGUGUGCUGAAGCUCGCCGUCCUCCUGUUGGCCGCCGCCCUCUACACCUACCUCAUAGAGACACACAGGAAUCAUCACUUGUGUAGGAAGGGAGUUUGUGUCGUUCUCAUGGUGAUGUUCAUUGGAGCCGUUCUCUACAACAGCAGACAUCUGGAGGCGACGGCCCGGCUGGACUUCCUGUGGCGUCUCCAAGCGAGGAAGGAGGUUGAGGACAUGAAGGAGCUGAGGGAACACAACGAGUGUCUGCUGCUCAACAUCCUGCCCGCCCACGUCGCCCAGCACUUCCUGGAGAGAGACCGCAACAAUGAGGAGUUGUACUCGCAGUCGUACGAGCGAGUCGGCGUCCUCUUCGCCUCGCUGCCGGGCUUCUCCAAAUUCUACGAGCAGAAGGAACUCAUUCAUCAGCAUGUUGAGUGUCUACGCCUCCUCAACCACAUCAUCACCGGCUUCGAUGAGCUGAUGGAUGAGUGUUAUUUCCAGGAGGUGGAGAAGAUUAAAACCAUCGGUAGCUCCUACAUGGCAGCUUCUGGUCUCUCUCCUGACCGACAGGAGUGUGAGGACGCCUGGAGUCACCUCACCGAGCUGGUCCUGUUCGCCCUCGCCAUGCAGGAAAUUCUCAAACACAUCAACACACACACAGGAAACAGCUUCCAGCUCCGAGUCGGUAUCGCUCACGGCCCGGUGAUCGCAGGUGUGAUCGGCGCCACCAAACCUCAGUACGACAUCUGGGGCACGACGGUGAACUUGGCGAGCAGGAUGGAGAGCACCGGAGUCAGUGGGAGGAUACAGGUCCCACAAACCACCAGCUGCAUUCUGGUGGAGCGAGGCUUCCUACGGCAACUCAGAGGGAGCAUUUACAUCAAAGGCAUCAGCGAACGUCACGGCAAGGUUCGUACAUUCUUCGUGAGCAAUCAGGAGGAACGAUCCAGUUUCAUGGAGCGCGGCGGUGGGCGGGGCUUCGGCCUGAACAGGAACACACUGGGAGCUGUGGUGUACAGUCUGGUCCAGGCCAGGAAGAGAGAGAAACUGAGGGAGGAGAACGGAGGGUUUCACCUGGUGGAGGCGUCGUAGGAGGAGGGAGGAGGAUCACACGUCUACCACGUUUUUUAAAGGCAGGUGUGAACACGCGGGGAGCGAGAGUAAGAGGUCAAAGGGCACGAAUGGUGUCCAGUGUCCAUCAAACUCAGGUGAGGUUUAUGAAAAUGAAACCAUGGCGUCAGUGUUUGCCACUGUGUGAGAAUGUAAGAAGUGUUUUUAACUCCAAGUCCGUUAUUUAAAGACUUGAUGACUUUGUUUUAGAGCGUCUUUGAGUUCAGAUCCUCCAAACGUACAAAACAUUUUUCUGUUGGAGCGACUCCAUCAGAAAAGGCCACAUCCUCCUACAAACCUCAAGUUAUUGUUAAAAACUUUGAAGGCAACUUUUGUUAAAUGGUGUAAAUGGUGUUUAACAUUUACAUUUUUAGCUUCCUGCGAUACGUUCUCUUUGAAGAGUUUGAAGAAACAUCGGAAACCAACGACCUCUGAUCUGAGUUUAUAAAGUUCCUCAAGACUUUCAGUCGAUCCUGGACGGUGCUGAUAAUUUGGAGAUCUGUGACUUUUACAUUUCACUCAGAGUUUAACUUUCACUUUGGACGACAAUUGAAAUCCCUCCAGGUCUCCAGGGAAAUGUAAACUUAAUCACAAAAUAAUAAAUAAAUAGAAAUAAUCCAAACCUCA